CAAAUAAUUAAAUAAAAGCCUUAACUUUAUAUGCUUAAUAUAAAUAAACGGCAAUAAAUGAAAGUAGGACGUAUGUGUGGAUGUUGCAUUUUUACGUUUACUAGCCAUACAAAAACAUUUGUUCAAAGUAAAAAACUCUCAAACCCGGCCCCCUCAACCACCCAAACAACCAAACUAUUUUCUUUCAUAACCUUCCCGCCAAAAUUAACCUCUAUAAUCUUGUGUUCUUGAACGAUCGAGUUUCUUCUUCAAUGGCGGAAUAUUCAUGCAGUUUGAUGGUCUUGUUGACUCUCUUCUCAAGCUUCUUGGUGUGCAUAAACGCCAACUUUGAUUAUAAAGACGCCCUCAAGAAAUCCAUAAUUUUCUUGGAAGCUCAGAGGUCCGGGAAGCUUCCUCCACACCCUAGGCCUCUAUGGAGAGGAGAUUCUGCUCUUGAUGAUGGAAAAGCAGCCGGUGUUGAUUUGGCCGGCGGAUACUAUGAUGCCGGAGAUAAUGUCAAGUAUGGUUUCCCGAUGGCGUUCACCGUGACCACAUUGGCGUGGGCUGCAUACUUCUAUCAGCCGGAGCUUACCGCUGCCGGAGAAAUACAUAAUGUUCGUAAUGCAAUCCGAUGGGGUACCGAUUAUUUUCUUAAAGCCAGUAGUCUACGUAAUCGUUUCUUUGUUCAGGUCGGAGAUCCGGUGACCGAUCACAAGUGUUGGAUGAGGCCUGAAAAGAUGAAAUCAGCUAGACCAGUUUUGGAACUCAAUGAAAAAAAACCCGGAACUGAAAUUGCUGCCGAAACUGCUGCUGCUUUGGCUGCUUCAGCAAUUGUGUUUCGGGGUGUCGAUCAACCCUAUUCUCAAAAGCUUCUAAAUGGAGCGAAAAAGCUGUUUCAAUUUGCUCAAGAACAUAGGGGAACUUUCGAUGGUGAAUGCCCUUUCUAUUGCUCAUUCUCCGGUUAUCGUGAUGAGUUACUAUGGGGGGCAACAUGGCUAUACAUUGCAACAAAGAGGCCAAUAUACUUAAAAUUUAUACAAGACGAGUCAACCACCGCUGUUGUUACUGAAUUCAGCUGGGACCUCAAAUUUGCUGGUGCUCAGAUCCUUCUUUCUCAGUUGUAUUGGGAAGGACAAAAGGAUUUACAGACGUUCAAGCAACAAGCUGAUGGAUUUGUAUGUAACAUUCUUCCUGGAAGCCCUUAUCGUCAAGUUUUCAUGACCCCAGGAGGUUUGAUUCACUUAAGAGAUGGUGCAAAUUCGCAAUAUGUGACAUCCACAGCGUUUCUUUUCAGUGUUUACAGUGAUUUGUUAGCUAGACACAAAAUGGAAGUCACUUGUGGUGACAAACGUUUCACUUGUGUACAGAUCAUGGAUUUCGCCAAGAAACAGAUGGAUUAUUUAUUGGGGAAUAACCCAGUAAAGCGGUCGAUGAUGGUAGGGUUUGGAAAGAACCCACCGUUGCAUGCGCAUCAUAGAGGUGCAUCUGUGCCGGUGGAUGCAAAGGGUGAUGUAAACUGUGGGAUGAGCUUUGUUUACUGGUACAACACAGAUAAACCAAAUCCGAAUGAGCUAACGGGUGCCAUCCUUGGUGGACCGGACAGGGCGGAUAGAUUUGUGGACGCACGGGUUAACUCCUCCAUGACCGAGCCAUGCACGUAUAUCAAUUCAUGUGCGGUUGGGGUUCUUGCAAAGUUGGCAAAAAAAUAUGGCAAACCGUGAUCAUGCAUGAUUUUGCAUGGUCAAAGUGUGUGCUUGUACAUUAUUAAUGGAACCCAAAAGUAUGGUUUCUUUGGGCCUAUGUAGCGAUAGAUGUUUAUUGGCAGGAUGAUAGCUAAAGAUCUUCAUUUAUGAUGUAAUUAAUUUUUUGAGGCGUACAGAAAAUAUAUUCCAUAUGUAAACUAGUUACGUACGAUUACCACAAGUUUUCUAAUGUAAACAUUUGGUUCUUGGCUUCGAAGGCGAAUUCGGCCGUGGUCUCUCCCUCCCAACAUCCACAUCUAAUUGGAGCAGUCUCUCGAUCCCCCCUAGCAUGAGUACUCCUACCCUCGAGCGGAUGUCAUUUGUCUCUCCCAUUCAUCUCCAGCAAAAUCAUGAGGUAGAAAGGCCCCGGCUCUCGCCCAUGAUUUGCCAACUCGGUUUAUAAUAGUUUUAUAGUGAUCAUAUUAUGCUAAUUGUAAAUUCAUGUAUGAGUUCAUGUUAAUAUAUUGUUUAAUUAUGAAUGAAUGAUUGAAUGAAUUUAUGAAAUUUAGAUUAGUUAUUAUGGCCAAAAAUUUAUGGUAAUCAAUAGUUUGUUAUGUUGAUUUAUAGGUGAAAUUAUGAUGUUUAUGUAAAUUUACGAAGUUUUAAUGUAUAUGAUUUUUUUAGAGAUUGGAUUAGUGUAUAUGUUAGUUAUGUGCC